AUGGCGCAGUCGCCCAAUCCAAAGGCGCCACCCGGAUUCAAAUUCCUAGAAGUCAUUAUUCCGCUCCAUGCAGAGGCUGAAACGAGUGCCGGUGACCUCAUUCGGAUAAGAGAGCACCUUAUUACGCAGAAAACCCUUAUUCAGCAAACUUCGCCCAACAAUCCCAGUAGUUACGACCUUACCUUCUCAGUCUGUGAGGACAUGGAAGGGGAAGACCCGGUUUUGGGUGGCGAAUAUAGCAAAGAGAAUGCGCUCAAAAUGAUACGCAUGAUGCGCAGUCGUGAAGAGCAGCAGGUCAUGUAUGCGAAUUUUACGAUACUUGUUCGACAACACGUCCGGUCUGACUGGGACGGACAGACGCCGUAUCCUGCGGCACCAGAAAAUGGUCCCGAACAUCUGAGAUUCGGAAACCUUUACUUUAACUACGACUUUGUGGUUUGCUAUAAUGCUGUCGUGUCUAUGGUAGAGCAUCUGAUCGCAAAAGAGAAGAAGGAACGGGAUGCAGCGAAACAUGGAGUGCAGGACACGGGUAUUCAUCAUCCCACUCUCAAGCGCAAUCAUAAUGAAGAUGAUCUGAAGCAUGCCCAUAGUGUGUGA